AAAUAGCCCAAUUUGACGUGCUAACGUUAAGUGAGCCGUUUAUAAUUAACAGAGAAAGUAACGGGCCGAGCUAAAAAGUACCACAGCCCAAACGGAGAAACAAAACAGAAAAUAAAAUUGAAAAGGGAAAGCAACAGAGCUCAAAUACAACACCCAUCGCUCCGCCGCUCUCCUCCGCAGAGCGCCGUCCGUCACUGUAAGCCUCUUCUUCCUGUCGACACUUGUUGAAAAUCAUCAACUGAAACUUUUGGGUUUUUGUUGAUAAAUUUGAAGAAAAAAAAGCAUGAAUACGUGUUGCAGAGCAAAUACAGAACUAUCCAAUUGUCUGACUAAUAACCUGGAUUUGCUCAAAAUUAGUAAGGGUAAUUUAACCAAAGGUUUCUUACCGUUUUUGCCGAAGAAUUGCAAAAAAGAAUUCCUGAAUAGAAGAGGAACCAGAAGAGAAAGUGUAGUACUUUCAGCAUCAAGUAGUGGUACUAAAAACCAUGUAGAAACUUCUGGCGGAGAUAAAGGUGAGGUACUUACGUACAAGGAUGCGGGUGUUGACAUUGAUGCUGGUUCAGAACUCGUUCGGAGAAUAGCAAAGAUGGCUCCUGGAAUUGGCGGUUUUGGAGGACUUUUCCCUUUGGGGGAUUCGUAUCUGGUGGCUGGUACAGACGGAGUGGGUACCAAACUUAAGCUGGCUUUCGAGACUGGAAUCCACGAGACCAUUGGCAUUGAUUUGGUUGCAAUGAGUGUUAACGAUAUUAUCACUUCUGGAGCGAAGCCCUUGUUUUUCCUUGAUUACUUCGCCACUAGCCAUCUUGAUGUUGAUCUUGCAGAAAAGGUUAUCAAAGGCAUAGUCGAUGGCUGCCAACAAUCCGAUUGCACCCUUCUAGGUGGAGAGACUGCAGAGAUGCCCGAUUUUUAUGCCGAUGGCGAGUAUGAUUUGAGCGGUUUCGCUGUGGGAAUCGUGAAAAAGGAAUCUGUUAUUGAUGGGAAAAAUAUCGAUGUCGGUGAUGUCAUCAUUGGUCUUCCAUCCAGUGGAGUACAUUCAAAUGGAUUCUCUCUUGUCAGAAGGGUUCUCGCGCGAAGUGGCCUUUCGCUGAAAGACAAUCUUCUCGAUUCAUCUGUUACGCUAGGUGAAGCUCUGAUGGCACCCACUGUUAUAUAUGUUAAGCAGGUUCUUGAAAUCAUUAGCAAAGGCGGUGUGAAAGGAAUUGCUCAUAUCACAGGUGGCGGUUUUACUGAUAAUAUACCUCGAGUGUUUCCAGAUGGCCUUGGAGCUCUCAUAUACAACGACUCUUGGGCAGUUCCUCCCGUUUUCAAAUGGAUUCAAGAGGCUGGGAAUAUAGAAGAUGCUGAAAUGAAACGAACUUUCAAUAUGGGGAUUGGAAUGGUGGUGGUGAUGAAGGAGGAAGCUGCACUUAGAUUACUUGCGGAGGAUCGUGGCAAAGAUUCCUUCUAUCGAAUUGGUGAAGUUAUAAAAGGCGAUGGAGUGAGCUAUCGAUGAAUUACCGUAUUUUCAGCAUCGACAAAUUUUGUGUAAAACGAGGGAAAGAGAUAACACAAGGGUUUUUUUUUGUAUUGAUUGUUGUAGAAUUUUGGGGUAUCCGAGUUAAGUUGACAUAUUUUUGUAUUAUGUCCUAGUACUUUCUUGAAAAUCUUGAUGAGGUUUGGUUGUGGACAAUUUUUAUCUUUGUUUAAUGAAUGCAGGGGCAGAGGUAUUGGUUUGCCUGUAGAAGUAAUUUAUGG